AUCACCUCCUUCACGUCUCCUCUUCUGCUUUUGGUAGACACUCCAUCGGAGAAAGCCUCACUCCACUCAACCUCGGAAGCGGAAGCUGAUUCUUAAGGAAGCUUGGGCCGAUUGAUGCGGACGAGAUCGAGGGAUGCCGCCAAAGCAGGCCGCGAAGAAAGCCGACGUGGCGAAGAAGCAGAAGAUGGUCGAGGACAAGACCUUCGGGCUCAAGAACAAGAACAAGAGCAAGAACGUCCAGAAGUACGUGCAGACCCUCCAGCAGUCGGUGCAGCCCAAGACCGAUCCUUCCAAGAGCGCCACGAAGAAGAAGAAGGAAGAAAGUAAGGCGAAAGAUAAGGAGCUCAACGACUUGUUUAAGAUUGCCGUGAGCCAGCCCAAAGUGCCUGUUGGUGUUGAUCCCAAGUCCAUCGUGUGUGAGUUCUACAAGGCAGGGCAGUGUGCCAAAGGUUUCAAGUGCAAAUUCUCGCAUGAUUUGAAUGUUCAGCGCAAAGGAGAAAAGAUCGAUCUUUACAGCGACAAACGGGAUGAUGGUACAAUGGAGGAGUGGGAUCAAGAGACUUUGGAGAAGGUUGUUGAGUCAAAGAACAAGGAGUAUAAGCAGAAUAAGCCCACUGAUAUCGUGUGCAAGUACUUUUUGGAAGCAGUGGAGAAGAAACAGUAUGGUUGGUUCUGGGUUUGUCCAAAUGGUGGGAAAGACUGCCACUACAGGCAUGCACUUCCUACUGGAUAUGUCCUGAAAUCCCAAAUGAAAGCUUUGCUCGAAGAAGAGAGCGAAAGGACGCCUCUCGAGGAAGAAAUUGAGAAUCAGCGUACCGAGUUGACUACUUUGACUCCUCUGACUCCCGAAUUGUUCGGGAUAUGGAAGAAGAAAAAGAUUGCAGAGAGAGAUGCUCGCUUAGCGGCACUUAUAGAAGAGAGGGCUAAGAAUGACCGGAUGAGUGGCCGAGAGCUAUUCCUGUCCAAUUCAAGCUUGUUUGUCGAUGAUGUUGAGCUAUUCCUGUCCAAUUCAAGCUUGUUUGUCGAUGUUGUUGAGGCAUGUGAAAAGCACUUGAGAGAGGAACAAUCUCGCGUCAUCAGGAAGCAGGUGGAUGGCAAUUCGGUUGGAGACGGACCUAGUGCCUCGUCGACAGAAGUUGGCGAAGGUGAAGUCCUUCCGAGCGAGGAUGAGGACGAGCUGGAUACUAAUGAACUUGACGAGCUCGAGGCUAGCCUGUCGAGAACAGCCAUAGAGAUUCAGGAGCCCCGUGUCGGAGCAUAGACUGUGAACUCUAAAAUGUUCUUCAAAUCUCCAGCUCGCUCAGAUUCUCGAUUAGCUGCGACCUGCAGGCGCAAUUUGCCAGCGUUUAUCGUAAAACCAGUUUUUUCACUUCAUUCCUCCAGUGGUACACAUGUACUUAGGUACUAUGGCUUUAACAAAUGGAAGGUAACUCUGGGCUGAAUCAACAUGGCGAAUCGCACUUCUUUGUUACAAUUCGUUUUGGCAGCGAUCAUAGGUGCACGGACACAACCAGACAGAGCAGUUUUAUAUGUGUAUUUACCGCACGAGAUCAUCCACCAUGUUUCUUCUUC